UAUUAUUAUACCUUGGCACAUGGAAGACUGGUAUCUCAACCUGCCCUCCUCUUUUCUUUCCUGGGCCUCGUUAUCCCAUCGAGCUGUCGGGUAGCUGCUCAAUGCCAAGCGACGUACCGUGCAAGACGACGAGCACCAUGUACUUUCCAUCCGCUGCCAGCAGCAGUGCGAUCCCACCCCAGAACCCAGAUGGGCAAGCGUCGUUCUCGCCCUUGUCGGCAGAGGCACAGGCGCAGCUGCUCCCCUUGCCACGCGUCGACGCUAUGAUGACGGCACCUGGGAUGGGCUCUCCAUUCGAACUGGAGACGAGACUUGUCGACGGUCGCCUGCAGACUCUGUACAAGAAUUUGCCAACGAGCGGUAGGGAAUAUUGGAGAGAAGUUCACAAGGCUUUUGCAGACCGUCCAUACAUCGGGUUCAACGACGAAGUGUACACCUACGCUCAGAUUGCUGAGCAGGCAACGCUCGUCGCGCGCUGGCUGCGCUUACACUUCAAUGUCCGAAAAGGCGACCGAGUAGGCAUCAUCGCGCGUAAUAUGCCGGAAUUCAUCACGUCCUUCUGGGCCAUCCACGAGCUCGGCGCCGUUGUCGUGCCGAUCAAUGCGUUCGGCGAAGGCGACCUGCUCACAUUCUGCAUUCUCGAUGUAGACUGCAGAGUCGUCAUUGGGGAUGUAGAGCGCCUCGGGAAGCUGCAGCCGUUCCUGCCGAAGCUCAACGAGAGCUCCAAGGCCAGCGGCAGCUCGUACUCGGGACUCGUCGUCGUCCCUAGGCGGGGGGAUAGCGUCAUCCCCGCGCAGUCGCGAGCGUGGUCGAGUGGCAAGCAAGCUGGUGUCUACUGCUGGGACGAGCUGAACGCAACAUACUCGCAACCGGCAUUCGCAAAGGCGCAUGCGCAGCUGCCAGAAGAGCCAAUCUCGGUGAGCGACAACGCUUCGAUCCUCUUCACAUCCGGCACGACUUCCAAACCAAAAGGAGUGUUGUCGACACAAUCGCAACACUUGUCUCCACUUGCGCUCGUCAAAGCCGCCUCUGCGCGCGCCUACCUCCGGCGCGGGUACACGCCGCCAGACCCGCUGAAGAAGGAGAACGCCCUGACGAUCCUCAUCCUCGUGCCGCUCUUCCACACAACCGCCUUGUCGUCGGGUAUCAUAGCUAACUCGAAGAACGGUGCCUUCCUGCACUUGCUCAACGGCUGGAAUCUGCAAGUUGCACUCGAGAAGAUUGAAAAGUUCAAGGUGCAGGGAUUGCUCGGUAUCGGGUUCAUGAUGCGCGAGAUCAUGACCAAGGGGAUGCCCAAGCAGCUAGCGACCAUCAGCGCAAUUUCCCACGGCGGCAGCUCGUCCAGCACGAGUCUCCCGCAAGAGGUUCAGAAGGCUAGGCCAGGCUCCUUGUUGGGGCAAGGAUAUGGGCUCACCGAGACCAAUGGGGUAGCGGCAGCAAUUGCAGGCGACGACUACUCUCACCGGCCGGCUUCGACGGGUCUGCCUCCGCCCGGCGUAGAAGUGAUCAUCGUCGACCCAAACACUCUUACGCAGUGUCCGUCUGGCGUGGCAGGCGAGGUCUGGAUCCGCGGGCCGGGCGUCGCGAAAAGCUACUACAACCGACCGCAGGCGACCGCCGAGGCCUUCCUUCCAGACGGCUGGUUCCGCAGCGGCGACCUAGGACGAAAAGACUUGGAAGGUUACCUCUACAUUGUCGAUCGCGUCAAGGACAUGAUCAUCAGGGGAGGCGAGAACAUCAGCUGCUCCAUGGUUGAGGACGCAGUGUACAAGCAUCCGGCGGUGCAGGAGUGCGCUGCGGUUGCGUUUGCGGACGAGAGGCUCGGGGAGCGCGUGGCGAUCGUUGUGCACACGCGCUCAGAUGCGGCAAAGGUCAGCCAAGAGGAGCUCGAGCAUGUCGCUGCCAAGAAUUUGCCUAAGGCGAGUAUUUGCGAGAGGAUGGUGCGAUGGCCACAACCGGUCAGUUGACAGGCUGCUGCUCUUCUAGUUCGCACGUCCAGAGUACUUUUGGAUCCGCGAUGGGGAACUGCCGCACAAUCCGUCGGGAAAGGUCGAGAAGGUUGUGCUGCGCAAAGAAGUGCGCGGCAGGUUGGCAAAAGAAGGAGGGUUCAAAGAGAAGCCAAAGCCGAAGCUUUGAAAUCCGGGCGCUCGAGCGGUGGUUUGCGGCCAGUGGCGGCUGGUCGAGAAAUGCUUCAUCUGCAGUCAGCAAACAUACAUGUAGCGCAGAAUUGUUGCAAGAAACGUGGAUCCACGUGUUACGAGC